AUGGCUGCGGCAUCCGCCGUGCACGCGCGUCGUCGUCGUCGCCUCGUCCUGCCGCUGCUCCUGCUCCUCCUGCCGGUCGUGCGCGCGCGCGUGACGGCGCUGAUCGUGUUCGGCGACUCCACGGUGGACGCCGGCAACAACAACGCCGUCCCGACGGCGGUGCGGAGCAACUUCCCGCCCUACGGCCGCGACUUCCCGGGGGGCCGCGCCACGGGGCGGUUCAGCAACGGCCGCGUCGCCACCGACUUCUACUCGGAGGCGCUCGGGCUCGGCCGCGGCUUCGUGCCGGCCUACCUCGACCCGGACUACGGCAUCCAGGACUUCGCCAUCGGCGUCUGCUUCGCCUCCGCGGGAUCAGGACUCGACGUCGCCACCUCGCGCGUCUUCCAAGUGAUCCCCCUGUGGAAGCAAGUGGAGAUGUUCCGGGAGUACAAGGCGCGGCUGGCCGCCCACCUGGGCGCCGCCGAGGCCCACGCCGUGGUGGCCGGCGCCGUGUGCGCCGUCAGCAUCGGCACCAAUGACUUCAUCGAGAACUACUUCGCGCUCACCACCACGCGGUUCCUCGAGUUCACGGUGCCCGAGUACACGGAGUACCUGGUGGGCCUGGCCCGGGCGUUCCUGGCGGAGCUCUACGGCCUGGGCGCGCGCAGGAUCGGCUUCACGGGGCUCGCUGCCAUGGGCUGCCUGCCCGUGGAGCGCGCCCGCGCCCGCGCCCUGGCCCGCGGCGGCUGCGACGAGGCGUACAACGCCGCGGCGCGCGGCUUCAACGCGGCGCUGGCGGCCAUGGUCGCCGACCUGGGCGCCGAGCUGCCCGGCGCCGACAUCCGGGUGGCGGAGGUGUACGACUUCUUCGAGGGCGUGGUGCGGGAGCCGGCCCGGCACGGGUUCGUGCGCGCGGACGUCGGGUGCUGCGGCACCGGCACGUACGAGAUGGGGUACCCCUGCGGCGCGUGGGCGGCGGCGCCCGGCGGGACGUGCCCGGACGCCGACCGCUACGUGUUCUGGGACGCCGUGCACCCCACGGAGCGCGCCAGCAGGCUCGUCGCCGAGCACCUCGUCAACUCCACCUUCGGCCGAUUCGACAACUGAAGUAUGUGUCCAUUGGUUUAAUUACUAGGACAUUUGGUGCUUCGCCAGAUGAUGCUUGCACUGCCAAAAGUAUGUUUGCUUUUUCGUCUGCCUGAUGAAACUGGAUCAGGGGACGGAAAUCACAGAUCCGAAAGCGAAAAGCACUGCAGGCUGAUUGCAAGUUGCAACUGUGCCAACAUAGACACACGUACGCUGAACUGAAGAACUCAAGCAAGUUCAUAACUACGUACACAGAAGCAAAGAAUAAUUGAA